GCUCUAUUUAAACCUCGCACUCCUCCCAAAUAUCUCGUCUCGCUUCAAGUCAGGCACAGGAAAAGGGAGAACAAGGGGAGCGGGAGAGUGAUGGCUAGAAAGGUCUCCUUCCUGCUCCUGGCGCUCCUCCUCCUCGCCGUCGCCUUCCCUUCGGAGGUCAUGGGAGGAGGCAACCUCAAGCCAUGGGAGUGCUCGCCCAAGUGCGAGUCGCGGUGCUCGCGGACGCAGUACAAGAAGGCGUGCCUGACCUUCUGCAACAAGUGUUGCGUCAAGUGCCUGUGCGUGCCCCCCGGGUACUACGGCAACAAGGGCGCCUGCCCCUGCUACAACAACUGGAAGACCAAGGAAGGAGGGCCCAAGUGCCCAUAAAUCCAUCCGUUCACCAUCCUGCGCUGCUGCAUGCCAAGAUCAGAUACCUAUCGAUGAUCCAGAAUUGUUCAUGCAUGCAUUGCUGCCCUAGCUAUUAGUAGUGAUGCGUUCGUUUUUGGCACCAGAUCUGGAUGCUGAUUUUGUUAGUGUUGGUGAGAAGAAAGGGAGCGAGGAUUCCUACUAUUUCCUUGGGUGGCAUGUGAAUCCGAAGUUGAUUAAAAUUAUCCCCCGAAUCGAGUAGCCAAAUGGGGGAAACCUGGUGAUCUUGCUACCACAGUAUUGUUUCGUUCAGGAUGUUUGUCUUUGAUUUUUCUUA